UUCAUGUUCUUAUACAAAGGCGAUUGUUCCAUGCAUUUUUAUCUUCAGUUUUAUGCGAGAAACUAUAUCUUCAUUUUUAGAAUAAUUUGUAAACAUUUUUUGAUCUUGACCAAUGAAGUGAGGUCAAACUACUAUCAGAUAAUAAUUCGUCCAAAUAGACAUUUACUUUCAUGACCGUGAAUCUGAGUUCAACUCUCGCGGAGAGCGCAUCUUCUGACACUCCGAUGAUUGACUCGAAUGCUGAAAGCGGUGAUGCAGAUACUGAUUUGAAAUUAUCAAUGGAGGAAAAUGGAGAGGGAAGUAGCGUUCAUAAAAUUUACAGAAAUCAUGAUGUUAGUGAACGACCCACUUCAGUACGUUUAGAAUCUGUGUUGGAAUACACCAGCCGAAUCAAAGCUUUUCUCGGUCUUGAAGAUGAAGAAACGGAUACAAACGCAGCUCACGAUUCAACCAAGGAUGUUAAAGUUAAAUCUAAUUCUUCCAAUGAGAAAAAUUCCGAAAAGAUUGAUGUAUCACCCACUGAAGAAUCACUCAUGGAUGAAGAAAAUUCCCAUCCGCAGUCUGAAAUUUUACCCCCCUACUACAACGAAAUAAAUUAUCCGAAUUUAACUCCUCAGCCAUUGCCUGAUAUAAUAGGAUUUCAGCCUGAUUCUUUAGAAGAAGCCGAACGUGAACAGUUUCCCGAUAUAUUGGAACAAGGCAAAAAUUUCGAAAUUGUAAAACCUGUCACUGAAGGCGAAGUGAAUGACCCUUCUACCAGCUCUGACAGCAAUCAAGAUAUCGAUGAAUCGAAAGUCGUUUUAACUCACCUUCAAAAUGAAGAAAUUUCUUUUGCAAAAGCUAAAAGUGACAUAAAUGCAGCUAUCGACGAACAUAAAACUAUAAAUGACCAUUCAAAAAGUGAAAAGGAAAAAGUCAUUUCUCAAAGCAAUGAUAACACACCUUCUAAAUCGGAUGCAAAAUCUGAAGAAGAAAGCGACGUUCCGGAUUUGGAACAAAACCUCGAUAGUGUGAGUGAUAAAUUGGAAGAAACUCAAAAUGAAGAAAAUUCGGAUGAUGAGAAUCCCUACCAAAUAACACAUAUCGAAGAAGGUUUGAGGCAAGCAGAGAAACGUUUGAAAUCUACACUUGGUCUAGAAACAGACGAACAGCAAGCAACGUCCAAAGACGUUGUUCAGCAGGUUGAUUCCAGUGACUCAAAUGUCUCUGUAGGUUUGAAAAGAAGAAGCAAGUUAAGCAUGGAAGAUAUUCGAAGAUUGAGCACCGAGGUGGUAAACACUGUGCUGCAAACUGCUGGUGAUGAAGUCAAAGUGAUAUUGCAACAUCGUGACUCAACCGUAGGCGAAGACAAAACACCUUCGAGUAUAAAUGAUGUCGAAUCACCAAAUGAUACUGAAAUAAUUGCAGCUGUCCCAGACAAAGAGGUGGAAAGUGGUGGAAAAGGUGUGGUGGAUCACAUCAACCCAUUAGAAGAAAUCUGUUUGGCGGACAUUCCCGAGGAAGAAUCUCUGCAAACAUUCUCGAACAUUUCUUCCCAGAAUGUUACCACAUCCAUAGCUAUGAAGGAUAUACCGGUUGGCUCUAAACAUAGCAUAGAUCGCAUAGAGGUGAUGGAUGAAAUAGAUUUCGACACACAAUGCGGAUUUGGUCCAUUUAAGCCACAAUGCAUUCAAUCCUAUGCCACAGCAAAUGUUUAUGUAAUUUUGUACUCAAUUAUAGGGAUAUUACAUGGAUCUUACUAUACGUACCUUGUCGGAGUUUUAACAACAUUGGAAAAACGAUUCGAAUUCAAAAGCAAGACUAGUGGAUUUAUUAUGAUGUUGGACGAAUUGACGCCUCUUUUUUUGGGUGUGCUGGUAGGCCAUUUCGGCGGAAGAGCACACAGGCCCCGACUGUUGAGUUUCGGCAUGUUCUUGUCAGCUUUCUGUUGUUUUGCAUCCGCCUUGCCCUAUUUCCUGUAUGGAACAGCCACUCACUUAAGCUCAAUCGGGAGUGUGCACAAUAAUACAAGUACAGAAAUGUGCAAUGGUGACGUUCGAAUGGAACACUGCGAUGAGGAUGAUCGGCCACCGACAUUAACGGCUAUUCUGUUGCUAAUGUUGGGGAGUUUCUUAAAAGGAUUUGGGAAUUUGGCUUAUUAUGCGAUUGGAUUAGCUUAUCUUGACGAUAAUGCCAAAAAGAGAAAUACGCCUCUUUAUUUUGCUGUUGCAUUCGCCCUUCGCUUAUUGGGUCCAAUGGUAGGAUUUCUAAUGUCAUCAGCAUUCUUAAAGUACUAUGAAAAUCCAUUCGAGACUCCUGACUUUGGUCCUGAUGAUCCCCGUUGGAUUGGGGGUUGGUGGAUGGGCUUUGUGUUGCAAGGUUUCCUACUUCUGAUAUUUGCCGGACCCAUGGCUCUCUUCCCGAGACGUCUUCCGGAUCAUUUACUCCAUGAAAUAGAACACAACACUAACAGUAUGUUCGAUGGACUCGGUGAUUCACUAAAAAGAUUGGCAAGGAAUCCAUUAUAUAUGCUGAUUGGAUUAAACGCUGUUUUCACAGUGUAUGGCAAUUUUGGCUAUUAUAUUAUGUUACCCAAGUACAUGGAAAAUCAAUUUCGAUUGUCGGCAUCCAGUGCAAGCUUAUUCGCAGGUCCACCAGGUAUAGCGGCCCUGAUGUGCUCUUGUAUAAUCGGAGGUUAUUUAAUAUGGAAGUUCAAGCCUACAGCCAAAUUUCUGUCUGGGGGUCUUGUGACACUGGAAUUGAUUUCAACUAUUGGUUACCUCAUACUCAUGAUUCCGGGCUGCGAAAAGAUCGAAAUGACACAUUUUGGAUUUGGUGAGGAAGGUUUGAUUCUGGAUGAUGUAUGCAACCUGAAUUGCAGUUGUUCAACUGUCUCCUUCACACCCGUCUGCGGGUCAGAUGGCAAAUCUUAUUUUUCUCCAUGUUACGCAGGAUGUAGCUCCCAGAAAGAUCAGUCAUUUUACAACUGCAGUUGCAUCUCAGAAGUUGUAACGAAGGGUAUGUGCAGUUCUGAAAAUUGUUGGUCUCAAGCUCUUGCAUACAUCGUUACUCUUCCAGUUCUACAGUUUAUUGUGAAUAUAUUGAGAGUGGCAUACACAAUGAUUAUGCUCAGAUCUAUUAAACCAGAAGAUAAAAAUAUUGCUUUGGGUGUUUUUGAAACAGUCCUCUCCACUGUUGCUUUUAUCCCUUUUCCCGUACUGUACGGUGCCCUGGUGGAUUCUGCCUGUUUAGUGUGGGAAAAAAGUUGUGGCGAAACAGGAAAUUGUUGGUUCUAUGAUAUCCAGAAGUUUAAUUACCUGAUGCAUGGAGGAUCUGCUUUCUUUUGUGCUCUCUCUACACUAAACUUGGUCGCCAUUUUCUUUUUAGUCGACAGAAUUAAAGAUUUGUAUAAAGAUGAAGAGGACGAGACUGAAAACUCACGGCGGGGAAAAACUUAAACCUUGGGAAUUUUAUAUUUUUAUUUAAUUAAAAGAUGAAAACAAUAAAUGUUUUGGACUUGUA